UCAUCUUCCAUUGGGAUAUAAAAACAGAUAUGAAACAGCCACCUCCACACUACCAAGUCAGACUGGACAGUGUUAAUUAAAAGUGUACUGACACAGGACGAAACUGAAAACCAUGAAGGUUCACCUGGUCCUUACAAUCGUUGUGUUCACAGGUUGCCAAGCCAACCUAUUCUAUGCUGAUGAGCCCAAGCCACAGCUGGAGCAGUUGACUGAUGCCUUCCGGAGCUAUUUUACCCUGGCAACUCGCUCAGUAGAAGAAACCGUCCAGAUGAUUAGGACCUCCCAACUGGGGCAGGAAGUCAACCAGUUAGCCAUUACCCUCAAGAGCCAAAUGGAUCCCCUGGCUGAAGAUCUGAAGACUAAAGUCACUAAAGGGGCUGAAAUGUUGAGGGAGCGUGUAGGUGUGGAACUGGACACUGUGAGGUGUGCACUAAAGCCCUACUUUGAAUAUGUCAUCACCGAUCCAAUUAAGAAGGGAGUGGAUUACCUAAAAUCCCUGGAUUCUGAGACCCUGAAGGACACUCUGCUCCACAGUAGUGAGGAGCUGAGAGGGAACCUAGAACAGAGCAUCAAGGAGAUGCAAGCUCAACUGGAGCCCUAUUCUGAAGGCCUGAGGGAAAAGCUGAAUCCCUACACCCAAAACCUGAAGGCCCAGCUCACCUCCCUCUACGAAUCCUUGACCAAGAACAACUAAACCUUUUGAAGAUUUUUUUAUAUUAAUGAACAUUUUGAUUCCAAACAUGAAGAUAUAUUUGACUAUACUUAUCAUGCACUCAAACUACUGUUCUGAUGGUCUGUCACCAAAAGCUUAGAAGAAAAACACACAUAAUAAACACACUAAAUAUUAGUGUUUCUAAUAAUUUCUGAAUCAACUACAUUCACAGUUGUAUCGUUCAUUUUUGCCUUUCACAUGGUGUUAGUUAAAUGUAGGAAAUUAAUUUUAGAAAAUAAUGAAAAAGAUGUUUCUUGAAAGAACAUUUAAUUUUCUAUAUGUAACUAUAAGAAACCUAUCAUUCACUAACACAAUGUUUUUUUAAAUAGCUUGGAAGAUUUGCUAUAUAUUCUAAAAAAAUAACCCCAAUAAAUGUCUGCAGAAAAUAAAUACGAGCCUCCCACCAUGUAAGACAAAUCACUUAACCAGUACCACUUGAUAUGUGAUAUUUUGAAAAGCACAGCCCACUUCCAACCUAAAAACUACUAAUACUUAAAGUCACAUUUUUUUGCACAGUAAUAAUGUUUUUAAAAACAUAACAGGAAUAUUGUUUUAUUAUUAUUCUCUUUGUUAAAAUGUUACUUGACUAACUAGCUAAAGGGCUACUCUAUGCUAAAUAAAACAUUACAGAUUAGCAUUAUUAACAUCUACUUGAUGCCACAUGGUCAGUCUUGUUUCAAAUAUUCAAAGGUGGCAUUUGACACUUUGUCAUACAGUACUACACACAGAGACAGAAAACGUAUAAAAUGGAGAUCUUUUGUCUUACCCUGAUGCACUGAGUCUCUCUGAAUUAGUUGCCUAAUAGUAGUAGUAGUAGUACUAAUAGUACUGCCCAUGGGGAUAAAACAUUCUUUAAACUAAAAAAGGACAAUACUUUUUCAUGAAAGAAAUAAUAAUUGAAUACUUUUUCAAUGAAGCUCUUAAUGGCCACACAUCUAUAAUAAUAAUAAAAAAGGUUUAUUUGGUUACUAAACAUAAAACAGAAUGUAUAUACAACAAAUUCAUUACAAACAAAGAAGGUAACUGAACAGGUGUAGGCUGAAGCCAUGGCUUAUUACGCCUACCCUAUUUACAAAACAACAACUACCCAUCAAGAUCUGAAUGUCUGAAAGUGAGGAAAUUGGAAUCUUUAGACGAUAAAAUGCUGAUUUGCUUGGAUAUACUUUGUUAAAGGGCUAUGUUAAAGAUACAUUGCGACAUCAAUCAAGAAAUUGCAUUAACCAGAAAAUAAAAUAUUAACCACAAAAUUCCAAAGUAUUUUACUGUUUCAUUCUGCACAGAGUUUCAAGGGUAAACUGUAGGGUAUUGCAACAUUGCUUAUACAUAAUUAAAGUCAUGAAAGCAUUCAUGGGCUGUCCUAGGUUCAACUACUGUGUAUAUACAUAAUUUUCUUCUGAAUUUACAAGUAGGCCUAUUUUAUCCAGAAUCUCACAAGUAAUCUAACAAUCAUGAAGUCCUUGAUUUCAUUCCACUUCAGAGAGUCUUUUCAUUUUGUCAAACAAGGAAUGUUCCUUGACUUGACCACCCCUGAAAGUCAUCUCUUAUUUGCUUAAAAUACUUUCAAUAAAUGUUACUUUAAGGACUUGAAGUUACAUUUGAGUAUAUCUGUGUAUUACUUUGUAAGUGCUCCUUUUUGCCUGAGAAAUAUUUGAUCAAGUUUUGAUGAUGGGUGAUUGUAAAAAAAGCCCAUGCUCAGUUUAAGUUCACCUCAUUGU